AUGAGGAGCACUUCCUUCCCUCCUCCAUCUUGUUUCUCGGCCUCCUAUACCUCCUCUUCUUCCUCCUCCUGCUCCUCCUCCUCAUCCUCCUCCCCCCUUCCGCCCCCUCCACUUUCUUCUCCCCAACUGCCAAGCACUCCUUCUCACCGCUCCCUUCCUACUUUCUCUUCCCACCGUGCCCCUUCCCCUCUUGCUACUUUCUCCCUCCUUCCUAGCACUCUCCCUCACCGCUCCCCUCCGACUUUCUCUUCCCAUCGUGCCCCUUCUCUUCCCAUCUUCCGCCCCUCCCCUCCUGCUACUUUCUCCCUCCCUCCUAGCACUCCCCCUCACGGCUCUCCUCCUACUUUCUCCUCCCAUCGUGGCCCUUCCCAAAGUCAAAACAGCAAAGAGCAAUCACACCCGAAUCACCGGGAGAUGAGAAGUUAA